AUGGUCAUCGCCGCUGUCAUUAGAGAAACUGAGAAAGCGGGCGCCCCUGGGCUGCACUUGCUGCCGCCCAAGGAGACCUUUGAACUGCCUCAUGCCGAGACUACCACGGGUCGCAUCCAGCCCAUUGCGCACGCCGCCGACAGCAAGGUCGACUUUGGCGCACUGGUCUACGGGAUUGACCUCAACAAGUUUACCGAUGCCGACUUUGCCUUCAUCUCGGACGCACUGCACAAUCACAAGCUGCUCGUCUUCAAGGAGCAGCCGAGCAUGCUGCGCCCGCAGCAGCAGUACCGCCUGACGGCGAGCUUUGACCCGGACGAGACGACGGGCGGCUUUGCGCACGGCAAAGAUCCCUUCUUGCUGCACCAUGACGGCGUCGACAUCUACGGCAUCCCCAAACGGCCCGCCAUCCCCGAGCAGCCGCAGGUGCACAUCCUGGGCCGCGGCCCCUUGGGCCCCGACCACUACGGCUUCCCGCCCGGCUUCGAGGUCCAAGGCAUUGACCACCACGAGUUCCACCUGCCGCCGCACAUCAGCGACGAGCACCGCGAGGCCGGCGCGUCGCGCUUCUACCAGUGGCACUUUGACGGCUCGCUGUACAACAUCCCGCCGCCGCGCGUCGGCUGCCUGCUGGCCGUCCAGACGCCCAAGGGCCCCGACGUCACCGUGCGGUGGGACGACGGCUCGGGCACGGAGAUGCGCAUGCCGCCCGGCGCCACGGCCAUGGUCGCCGGCAGCCGCGCGCUCGCGCUGCUCGACGAGGCGACGCGCCAGACGGCGCUGCACAGCCGCAUCGAGUACGCGCCGCAUGCGUUUGCGUGGAUGGCGCCCGCACGCAGCACGCGGCUCGGCCACUUAUCUUGGGAGCUUUAG